GUGGGGCGACACCUGCCGGCCGCCGGCGGCGGGGCCGCGCCGAGCGGGGUAAACAAGGUGCGGCGCAUGCGCGUCCCGCGCGGCAGCUCCCCCCCGCCCCCGCCGGCUGGGGAGAGCGGGACGAGGCGGCGGGAGCGGCCGAGCUGAGGGGGGAGCGGGGCGGCCCGGGAUGCGGGGCGCUGCGGGGCGGCCUCCCGGGCGGGGCGGGCCCGGCGGAAGGGGUCCAGCUGCCGCUUGGCUUCAUCUCGGGCAGGAUCGGGUAACCGAAACACGAGGACGGCCUAAAAAGGAGAGGCUGGGCACGGCGCGCGCCCGGCGCCCUUUCCCGUUGCGUUCCCGAUUCGAAAAUAAUUGCGCCGCUGAGGCGAAGUUGGGUCUUCUUGGAAAUAAGGCAUUAACCGCGUGCAGUUUCUCCUCGCUCAGCGGCGAGGAGGAGGCAGGAGAGGCGAGCGGGCUGCUGGCUCCCUGGCCGCCGUCCUGCCGGUGCCAAGCCUUCCGGAGCCAGCCGCGGCCGAUCUGGCGUGUCUUCAUUGACUCUGCGUUCGGGAAGCGAAAGUUGGCGCAAGGUCUCCAAGAUCAGUUGGCAGCUGCCCGCAUGGAUGCAGGGUGCCUUUAUCUGGAGAACUCCAAGCUGGCGUGGCGGCGCAAACAGCAGCGAUGUUUGCCGGCGUUGAUGGCGUUUCUUGUGGAAGAUUCAUGUGAACCUGAAAUGAUCACGUACAAGCAGUACAGAAUACUAAAAGUAACCAGAUACGAAAUUUGUGAUGCUUAUUUUUCUGAACAUUCAACUCAGUAGUUACUUCUACAAUUUUUUUUUCUGUAUUGUGUAAAGCGAAGCACAUUACUCAUGCUGUUGCACGUAAGCUCGGAGUUACAUCAGUAAGCACAAGAAUACUUUUGUCCUGGUAAUUAGCCGUUAAUCAUCCUCUUGUGUUUAUCUACUUUUAAUUCGGGCGAGAGAGUUAGCAUAACUAAGCAGGCACGAAGCUGAGUUACUCUGCUCACUCGCCUAACAAAGGCAGGACACUUUAGAGAAGAGUAUCCGACAGUUCCAGACUUUUCAGAACUAAGAUGGGGCAUGGCAUUGCAAAUGACACUUACAAUGGAAACUGAUUGGAUAAGGAGUGUUUUAAAAUAAAAAAAACCUAGUGUAAUAUGAGCUGAUGUCACCAAGUAAUUCUAGAUGUUAUCUGUCAGUUGGUAUGUGAGACAGACUUACAAAAAUAAAUUAUAUUCUAUAGCUUGA